AUGUCGUGGAGUUGUGCGUAUUGCCACUUUCUGAUUCUCAGUGGUCUGAAGAUGAUUGCGUGUUUAAUUCACCCGCAACCUUAUCUUCAAUGUUAUGCUGAGUUCUUCAAAGAAGACUUUGAUGUCAAAAGUUACACUUCUCAGUCUAUCCAUCAGGCUGUGAUAGCUGAACAAUUGGCAAAGCUUGCACAAGGUAUUAGUCAAUUGGAUAAAGAGCUUCAUUUACAAGUUGUUGCAAGACAUGAAGACCUGUUGGCCCAAGCAACUGGGAUUGAAUCCCUGGAAGGUGUCCUCCAAAUGAUGCAGACCAGGAUUGGUGCUCUACAGAGUACUGUUGAUAGAAUUAGAGUCAAAAUUGUUGACCCCUACAACAAAAUAGUAUCUCGCACAGCUCAGCUAGCAAAGCUUCAGGCUGCCUGUGACUUGCUGCGGAGAAUAAUACGCAUCUUGUAUCUCGGUAAGAGACUUCAAGGACAGCUGCAAGGAGGAAGCAGAGAGAUAACAAAGGCUGCCCAGAGUCUCAAUGAACUCGAUUACCUUUCUCAAGGAAUAGAUCUCUCUGGAAUAGAAGUAAUUGAAAAUGACCUACUUUUUAUUGCGAGAGCUCGGCUUGAGGUGGAAAAUCAAGCUAAAAGGUUGCUGGAGCAAGGUGUGGAAACUCAGAACCCUACUCAAGUGGGAACUGCUCUUCAGGUUUUCCAUAACCUUGGAACUUUGAAGGAUACCAUUGCUAAUGUGGUGGACGGAUACUGCGCAGUCCUGGAGGAGAACAUAAAAAGUGCUUUGGAUAUCAAAGUAUUGACCCAGCCAUCUCAAACUGUUACAAGAGGUGGCCCUGGUCGAGCUGCUAUGCCAACACCUGGGAACACAGCAGCUUUUCGAGCAGCUCUCUGGACAAACAUGGAGAAACUCAUGGAUCAAAUCUGUGCUGCUUGUGGACAGGUGCAGCAUUUACAGAAAGUAUUGGCAAAGAAAAGAGAUCCUGUUUCACAUGUCUGUUUCAUUGAGGAAAUAGUUAAGGACGGCCAGUCGGAUAUUUUGUACAAAUUUUGGUCUGCGGUAACUCAGACUCUUUCCUCUCAGUUUCAGGCAGCAACAGACUCCUCUAUGUUUUUGAAGCAAGCCUUUGAAGGAGAAUACCCUAAAUUACUGAGGCUUUAUAAUGACUUGUGGAAACGCCUGCAACAGUAUAGUCAAAAUAUUCAAAGGAAUUUUAACACAAGUGGAAGUACUGAUCUCUUUGCUGAACUGCAACAAAUGGAAGAAGAUACACAGGACAUAUUUAUGCAAAAAACUCAAGAUUAUGAUCCAGAAAAGGCCUUGAAAGAUUCACUGCAAUCAUAUGAAGCUGCUUAUUUGUCAAAAUCCUUAUCUCGACUCUUUGACCCUAUCAAUCUUGUCUUCCCUCCUGGCGGUCGUAAUCCUCCUUCUUCUGACGAGCUUGACAGCAUUAUUAAGACUAUAGCCAGUGAGCUCAAUGUGGCUGCUGUUGAUCCAAACCUCAGUUUGGCUGUGGCAAAAAAUGUGGCAAAGACCAUUCAGCUCUAUGGUGUAAAGUCUGAGCAGCUUCUGUCUACCCAAGGAGAUGCCAGCCAGGUGAUUGGGCCUCUCACAGAGGGACAGAGAAGGAACGUUGCUGUAGUCAAUUCGCUAUACAAACUACACCAGUCAGUUCUGAAGGUUAUUGCCAGUCAGAGCUCGUUUCCAGCAGCUGCUGAGCAAACAAUCACAACUGCCUUAAAGGCAGUCCAUGAUCUAAUGGGUAGCGCUGUUCAACCGUUACUGAACUCUGUAGGAGAUUCAGUGGAAGCUAUUAUCAUAACUAUGCACCAGGAAGAUUUUUCUGGAUCAUUACCAAGCUCAGGAAAACCAGAUGUCCCUUGUUCUCUGUACAUGAAAGAACUACAGGGUUUUAUAGCGAGAGUCAUGAGUGACUACUUCAGACAUUUUGAGUGUUUUGAUUUCGUCUUUGAUAACACUGAAGCCAUGGCUCAAAGAGCAAUUGAACUUUUCAUUCGCAAUGCCAGUCUAAUAAGGCCCCUUGGAGAAGGUGGGAAAAUGCGGCUUGCAGCGGAUUUUGCACAGAUGGAGUUAGCGGUAGCACCGCUGUGCCGGCGAGUGUCUGACCUGGGAAAAUCUUACAGACUGCUGAGGUCGUUCAGACCACUGCUGUUCCAGACCAGUGAGCAUAUUGCCAAUAGCCCAGCUUUGGGAGAGGUUAUUCCAUUCAGCAUUAUUCUUCAGUUCUUAUUCACAAGAGCACCACCAGAGUUAAAGUCACCCUUCCAGAGGGCUGAGUGGUCCAUUGCCCGCUACUCCCAGUGGCUUGAUGAUCAUCCAUCUGAAAAAGACAGACUUGCUCUUAUACGAGGCGCACUGGAAGCUUACGUUCAAUCAGUAAGAACUAAAGAAGGAAAGGAGUUUGCACCAGUCUAUCCCAUAAUGGUUCAGCUGCUGCAGAAAGCGGUGUCCGCCCUUCAGUGAACGUUUUGGACCACUCCUCACAACAGAGGCCGGCCAGCAAGACAGUCGUGGUUCUCUGGUGCCACAUACUUAGGGGUGAUGUAAAUUAGUUCUGAAGACAUAAGCUUUACAAUGAAAUGUGUCUACCUACUUGUCUAUGACUUUCUAGUAGCUCGCUUUCUGUUCUCAUCAUCAUAGGAACUUACGUUACACAAAUAUUAUAAUGAAAUUGUAUAAUUGUAUAAUACAUCUAAUGAAAAUUAAUCAUUCUCUAGCCCUCCUUUUGAAUUUAGAAAGGUAUAAACAUUAGAACAUACUCAAAUUUUGAACUACUAAAUAGCUCAAAUGCAGAAGUAGCUCUCUUCCUACAAGUACAGUUUUAGAGUUGAAUGGACGUUAGCCUUAUUCAGAAAUACGUACUUUGAAAUGCUAGAAUUCUUUCCUUCUAAAAAUCAUUAAGUUUAACACAAAGAAAAAUAUUUACAAAUAAUGUAAAUGAUUCUAGCACUUGCAUUGCUUUGAAAUAAUUUAUAUUGGUUUUAUUUUUUCUUUUUGCUUAAAGUAUAAUAAAGAAUAUCCACUAUCCAAUCCUGAAUUCAGUAUUUAAAAUUCUUCAGCAACUUCCUAACUACAAAGCAUCAAAAUACAUAAACCAAGUAGAGCUGGUAAAAGCUAUUCUGCAAAUGUAGUAUGGGUUCAUAUAGAGAUUUUUCACGCAGACCUUGCUCAUCUGCGCAGGACUGACUUAAUGAUUAAGUCUUCUGUAGUUUACAAAAUACACAACACCAAAUUUUAAUGAAUUUAUUUGAAAUAAUAUACAAGAAUAUAGUGUGCAAAAAAAAUCUUGGGGCAACAUCAUGUAGACAUGUGUCAUGAACUGAAAUUUACAGUUGUGAUUCUUAAAAAAAAAAAAAAAAA